GGGAGUUCAAGGAAGUCUACAUACACCUGUAUCUCUUGCAUCGAUGGCAACUGUUUCUAUAAGAUUACACCAUGUCUCGUCUCGUUUCUCAAGCAUUGUACUGCUGCAACUGUCUCCGAGACCAUCCUGAGUGUCAAACCAGUCCGCCACCAUGACGACUCAAGCCCGCAACCUCUUCCACCACCUACCUCCGCCAGCGGAAUGCCUCGCGCUCUUCAUCGCAACCCUCGAAAUCGUCCCUUUCGGAAUAAUAGGUCUACGUGACCCCUCCUUCUUCGCCGAUGGCUACGGUCUUCCCAUCUCAGCCGAGUCCGACACAUCGCCUACAUCCGCAAAACGCUCCAGCAAUACCGAAAGCACCUAUGACGAGGAUCAAAAGACCAAGAAAGCCCUUGUAGCAGCGAUAGCAGCGCGCAACGUUCAAAAUGGCGUUCUCUUAGCAGUCUUUGGUCUGGUACUGCGAGACAGGAGGAGCUUGGGUGUUGCGGUUAUGGCAGGAUUGGUCGCAACCAUCGCGGAUACCGUGAUUGUCAGCGCGUAUGGAGCGAAGGACAAGAUCGCGGGUCACUAUGUUGGCAUCUUCAACAGCUUGGCGAUUGGAGGGAGCUUGCUGUACUGGGGAAGGAACGAUCCGCUGUGGUAAAUCUACGGUCGAAGGAGCACGGGGAAUGGAAGGCGGGAAUCGGGUACGAUGAGCCGGCAGGAUGAAGCGAGGUGUAGACAUGAGUCGCGGGGGGUUUCC